GCUAAAAAACCUAACUGCAUCUUCAGGCGAUCCAAUGGAACCCGACACGAUGGGGCCACAACCGACCAUGGGCGAAGCGGGAGAGGAGUAUAGGACAUCGCCCGACCGAGCUCUGAGAGAACUGAAGAAACCAAUUAGGCAAGAAGCACCGUUGAGAUGGGCUGGCCAAACCAAUGACGGAGGGCCCGACGUAAGAGGCGAACCAGUUGCAACAGAGCCGCAGGAGGCUCUAAAGACGGGUACCUCGAGCGGACGACGAGAAACGACAAGGCGGCGCUCCCCCGAGUACGAGCGGAGGGACACCAUAGCGGACAGGUACAGAGACGACUGGAGAGAGAAUUUGAGGGAUUCCUUUUGGAGGGACAAAGAUAGAGACAGGGCUCCGCCCAGGCGAGUCUUCGACCCCCAGACAGGGGAGUCACAUCCGCUCCCUUAUGAAAGCAAGGACCGCUAUAUUAUUACGCACAAGGUCUCAGAGCCUCCUACCUUCAGGGACUAUGGUAUCAUAGAAUAUUUUGAGAAGUGGGAGCUUCACGCCAGCCGGAGUCAGUGGUCGGAGGAAGAGAUUAUAGAGAACUUCCUAUUUAAUGUGGACCCAAGUCUCGGUAGGGAAGUUAAGGAAGCUCGANACGCCAGCCGGAGUCAGUGGUCGGAGGAAGAGAUUAUAGAGAACUUCCUAUUUAAUGUGGACCCAAGUCUCGGUAGGGAAGUUAAGGAAGCUCGACCGAAGGAUGGCAAAUGGGCGACGUACAAGAAGAACCUCGUUGAGCUUUACAAAUUGGAGGAUAACAAGUAUUCCAUCAAGGAACUUGAAACAAUGACUCAAGAUGAAGAUGAGAGCGUACGAGCAUUUCGGAUGCGUUUCCAAAAGAUCUCCGACGUGCUGAUGAAGAAGGGGAAGAUAUCAGAGGUCGAGCACUGUACUAUCUUCAUCGGACACUUGUUUAAAGGUAGGCAAAAAAGUAUUCUUAGAGAUCUUCCGCGCGACAGGCUUGAUUUCCCAGAAGUUCUAAAGCUCGCGAUAAAGGCAGAGGCAGACGAUUACAAGGACUUGGUGUGGAAAGGGAUGAGGAGACGCGACUUCUCUCUCUACAAGGAGUAUGCCACUGAUAGAUGUCCAGGUUUCAAGGACUAUCCCUGGUCGGAGAAGAAUGAGGCCGUGGCUGAGGAAGUGAAGGAGAUACGGGACAUGGUGAAUAUAUUAACAAGACAGGUUACAGAGAUUGUGACCGCUACAGGGGCCACGGCCUUCCGGGACAAACCUGGAGGGCCCUAUUCACUUCGCUGGGACCGUAGGAACAACGAUCCCUGGAGGAGUGUCGAGGAUAGAAAUCCUCGGACACUGAUUGAUUAUCGUACGAGGGKGAGAGAGAGAGACGAUGAAUUAUGGCGACGCAGGGACGAUGAGAUAGACCGAGACCGCAGAGAUCGCGAGCUGUUUGUGCGAACAAGGAGGCUAGAUGAUUACCCCCGAAGCCCUCACUGUGAGGCCGAUCGGGGUAGAGGCGACUCCCGCGGCCGAUGGGAGAGGGACGGCAGAUACGAGAGAUCGGACCGGGACGGAUAUAGGAACGACAGAUAUGAGAGGUCGGGUCGAGAUGGCUACAGAGGAAGUAGAUAUGAGAGAGGAGAUAGGGACUGGGAACGACAAGAAGGGUCACGUGGACGGUUUGAGCGCGGGGGAGAAGCGAGAGAGCAGCGCGACGAGACGCGAGGAUGGUACAACCAAGGGGACCGACGCGAUGAGUCACGAGGACGAUAUAACUCGGGGGACCGCCGGGAUGAUUCGCGAGGGCGAUAUGACCAAGGACGGUCUGGAGGAGACCGGCGCAACGAUUUGCGCGGUCGGAAUGAGAGAGGGGGAUAUGGUGUCUCAUCAGAACCAUAUCCAAAGUCGCCUGACCCCAACGCGGCCAGGAAUUCGAUGUUUAAAGGCGCAGAUGACAGGGCGUCUACUCCCAGAAACUCAUGCGUCUAUUGUAGAGGGGAAAAUCAUAUCAAGAGGGAUUGUCCGGACCUCAAACGGGCAAUAGAAGAGGGACUUGUCGUGCUUGACGACCGCAAGUACGUCAAGUGGGCAGAUGAUCUCGGAGAUGUAUCGAUGUUCCCUUCGAUGAAGGAGAAUGUCGAAGCAAGGAGAAUAAGGACGAGCAAAGGAAUGGAGCCGGUCAGAAGUUAGAGCAUCAAGAUAACCUUUGAGGGGGAUAUGGCGACCACACCCAUAAGGGUGGCGGCCACCAAGUCGGCGAGAGGGUCUUCAUCAAAGAAAACUGACACGGAUUACGUGAUGGCGGAGAAGGACGGGCAGCGGGGCGAUGGAGAGGAGGUUAUCCUUUCGCCGCGAAAGCGGGGAGUCAAGAAGUUCUUAAUGAAGAGUUCGCUGGACG